UCGUGCCCUAAAAAGCUGCUACGAUUACAUUUCUAGAGAGAGAGAGAGACAGCAGAGGAGAGAGAAAUUUUGUAGACAGAUAGAGACCUCCUCCUCCUACUCACCUUCUCUACAGUUGAUGGUCCUCUUCAUCUACAAAGCCCAAACUCUCUUAAAUAAAUAAAUAAAUCAAAUUUUCAAUCUUUUUACUUGUUAGUUUUUUCCCUUUUUCUGAAACUCCUCUUUGUGUUCUUCAUUUCUGUUUAUUCUCUAGGGGCACAAAAUGAAAGAGAGCGAGAUGGGAAGCAAAGAUGAAGUAAUGGACGCUCUGUUAAGGGAAGCUGUGGAUUUGGAGAACAUACCAAUCGAGGAGGUUUUCCAGAAUCUGAAAUGUACCAAAGAGGGGCUCUCAACAGAGGGUGCUCAGCAGAGGUUGGAAAUUUUUGGGCACAACAAGCUUGAGGAAAAGGAGGAGAGCAAGUUUUUGAAGUUCUUAGGGUUCAUGUGGAACCCUCUUUCAUGGGUUAUGGAAGCUGCAGCUAUUAUGGCCAUUGCACUUGCAAAUGGAGGAGGAAAGCCACCUGAUUGGCAGGAUUUUGUUGGGAUCAUCACUCUUCUUUUUAUUAAUUCGACUAUAAGUUUUAUUGAGGAGAACAAUGCUGGUAAUGCUGCUGCAGCUCUCAUGGCACAUCUCGCGCCCAAAGCAAAGGUUCUCCGAGAUGGGAGAUGGAAUGAAAAAGAUGCAGCUGUUCUUGUCCCAGGUGACAUAAUUAGUAUUAAACUUGGGGAUAUAGUUCCAGCUGAUGCUCGCCUUCUUGAUGGUGACCCAUUAAAAAUUGAUCAGUCUGCACUGACUGGCGAAUCCCUUCCUGUAACAAAAGGUCCAGGGGAUGGUGUUUAUUCGGGCUCUACCUGCAAACAGGGGGAGAUUGAAGCAGUUGUGAUUGCCACUGGUGUGCAUACCUUCUUUGGCAAGGCUGCUCAUCUCGUGGACUCCACUAAUCAAGUGGGACAUUUUCAGAAGGUCCUGACUGCCAUUGGGAAUUUCUGUAUAUGUUCCAUAGCUGUGGGAAUGCUUAUAGAAAUCAUUGUAAUGUACCCGAUUCAACAUCGGCCCUAUCGUCCAGGAAUUGACAAUCUGCUGGUACUUCUUAUUGGAGGAAUUCCCAUUGCAAUGCCUACAGUUCUUUCUGUAACAAUGGCAAUUGGCUCGCACCGUUUAUCUCAGCAGGGAGCCAUCACAAAACGAAUGACAGCAAUAGAAGAAAUGGCAGGAAUGGAUGUGCUUUGCAGUGACAAAACUGGAACUUUGACCUUGAACAAGCUGAGUGUUGACAAAAAUAUUAUAGAGGUCUUUUCUAAAGGAGUGGAUGCGGAUGCUGUAGUUUUGAUGGCUGCCAGAGCCUCCCGAGUAGAAAACCAAGAUGCAAUAGACGCCGCUAUAGUGGGGAUGUUGUCUGAUCCAAAGGAGGCAAGGGCUGGUAUUCAAGAGAUUCACUUCCUUCCGUUUAACCCAACUGAUAAGCGAACAGCUCUGACAUAUAUUGACAGCGAAGGUAAAAUGCAUCGGGUCAGCAAAGGUGCACCAGAACAGAUUCUGAAUCUUGCACACAAUAGAUCGGACAUAGAGCGUAGAGUUCAUGCUGUGAUUGAUAAGUUUGCGGAUCGAGGUUUACGAUCUCUAGCAGUAGCGUAUCAGGAAGUUCCUGAAGGAAGAAAGGAGAGCCCUGGAGGUCCAUGGCAAUUCAUUGGACUUUUGCCUCUCUUUGAUCCACCCCGACAUGACAGUGCAGAGACAAUAAGAAGGGCUUUAAGUCUGGGGGUAAAUGUUAAAAUGAUCACUGGUGAUCAACUGGCAAUAGCAAAGGAAACAGGACGCCGACUUGGAAUGGGAACCAACAUGUAUCCUUCUUCUGCUUUGCUAGGGCAAAAUAAGGAUGAAUCAAUUGCAGCUUUGCCUGUUGAUGAGCUGAUCGAGAAAGCUGAUGGUUUUGCUGGCGUUUUCCCUGAGCACAAAUAUGAAAUUGUUAAACGUUUGCAAGCUAGAAAACAUAUAUGUGGAAUGACUGGUGAUGGAGUUAAUGAUGCUCCUGCUCUUAAAAAGGCUGACAUUGGCAUAGCUGUUGCUGAUGCAACUGAUGCUGCUCGUAGUGCUUCUGAUAUAGUCCUCACUGAACCUGGUCUUAGUGUCAUCAUUAGUGCUGUACUGACUAGUAGGGCGAUUUUCCAGAGGAUGAAAAAUUACACAAUUUAUGCAGUUUCCAUUACAAUCCGUAUUGUGCUUGGUUUCAUGUUACUUGCCCUCAUAUGGGAGUUUGACUUCCCACCCUUCAUGGUGCUGAUCAUUGCCAUCCUUAAUGAUGGUACCAUUAUGACAAUAUCAAAGGAUAGAGUGAAACCAUCGCCUCUGCCCGACAGCUGGAAGUUAGCGGAGAUUUUUACAACUGGAGUAAUUCUUGGUGGUUACUUGGCAAUGAUGACGGUCAUUUUCUUUUGGGCAGCAUAUAAGACAGACUUUUUUCCUCAUUUAUUUAAGGUCCCUACUCUUCAAAAAACAGCUCAUGAUGACUUCAGAAAGCUUGCCUCAGCAAUAUACUUGCAAGUGAGUACUAUCAGUCAAGCCCUCAUAUUUGUGACACGAGCUAGGAGUUGGUCUUUUUGUGAGCGUCCUGGCCUUUUGCUUGUGGUGGCUUUUAUCGUUGCUCAGCUGAUUGCCACAUUGAUUGCUGUCUAUGCAAACUGGAGUUUUGCUGCUAUUGAAGGGAUUGGAUGGGGUUGGGCUGGGGUGAUUUGGCUGUAUAACAUCAUAUGUUACAUCCCACUUGAUUUUAUUAAGUUCAUUAUCCGAUAUGCUUUGAGUGGGAGGGCUUGGGAUCUUGUUUUCGAGCAAAGGAUUGCCUUCACAAGGAAAAAGGAUUUUGGGAAGGAAGAGCGAGAGCUUAAAUGGGCACAUGCACAGAGGACCCUCCAUGGACUGCCUCUACCAGAUACCAAGUUGUUCACUGAUCAUAGUAGUUUGACGGAUCAUAAUCAGAUGGCUGAAGAUGCAAAAAGACGAGCUGAGCUUGCAAGGCUGAGAGAACUGCACACACUCAAAGGCCAUGUUGAAUCAGUUGUGAAAUUGAAGGGCCUUGACAUCGACACAAUUCAGCAAGCGUAUACUCUUUGAGGGAGAUGAGGCAUUGUCCUUCCAUGUGGUACAUACUUCUGCUAGUGCCUGUUGUAAAGACCCCGUAGUUUCAGAUCCUAUUUAAUGCAACCUACCGGCAUUCUUCUAGUAUAUAUGUUCACCAUGGAUUGUUGUCAGCAUCUUUGGUUGCUGCUCCAUAUCCUCUCUCGCUCCCACCUUCCGAACUUCUUUUGCUCCUACCUGGUGAUGAGUAGAUUAAUAUUACAGUUACAUUCCCCAUUCUGGUACAAAAAAGACGUGCUGGAAUGACUUUGGCUUUUAUGCCUCUAAUUUUUUUAUCAGUUGGUCAUUUAGCUGAUCAGCUUGGGCAUUGAAUGAUAUGCAACAAUCAUAGUUGCUUGGUCA